AUGGAGAGCCAGGAAGAAACCACAACUGGAAAUGGAGAGGAGGAGUUCCAAACCCAAAAUGGGGAUAGUGAGGAGCAGCAGGAAGAGGGCUGGGGGACAGAUGACGAGAUGGUGGUCGAUGGAGGGAUGGAGGACUGGAACGGCUUUAUUACAGGGGGGGCGACACUGGGUGAAGAAAGGGAAGGAGAGGUGGUGGCUGAAUGGAGACCUGGUGAACCAGUAACCCCACAGCAUGUCUUAUCGCUGAACACUUACACAAAGGAGUACCUGUGUUCACCAGCGGACAACAUCUACAACAUCAACUUCUCUCGCUUCAAGAUCAGGGACCUGAGCAGCGGAGUGGUCAUCCUUGACAUGAAAAAACAAUGUCCAACAGAUGUCAUUGAACUUGACACAAAUAGAUUCAUCCGGUACCACUUCUCCCCUGCCUUCCUGACUCUCAGGGAGAUAGGAGCUACGUUGGAGUUCACAGUGGGCAGCAAGGCGUUGAACCGCUUCCGUCUGAUCGAGAGGCAUUUUUUCAGAAACCUCCUGCUCAAAACCUUUGACUUUGAGAUCGGCUUCUGCAUCCCACACAGCAGAAACACCUGUGAGCACAUCUACUGCUUACCUGACCUGGACCCAGAUACAGUUGAGGACAUGAUUGCCAACCCGUUUGAGACGCGCUCGGACAGUUUUUACUUUGUCAACAACAAGCUGAUCAUGCAUCACAAAGCCGAGUACUCCUUUUCCCCACAAAGAGAAGCUGACACAUCCAGCAAACAGGAGAACGAUGGUUAGUAAUGAUGCUUUGGGUUAGUACUAAAUCUUAAGUAUUACCUG